CUACCUAGCCGAUUUUUAAGACCCGCAGCGGAACACCCACUACUGGGUUGGUUCUCCCUGCGCUCUCACUGUACAAAACGACUAAUUUAAUAUUAAUGAAGUCGUUUAUUGGCUCAUACCCGUGCCAAUCCUAAAGUGCCACUUCUCUAGGUUGGCUGAACCCCUUGUAUAUUAUUACUGGGGACCAAGGCUAAAAGUAAAAAUGUUGCGGAUCCACGGCACUGGGAAAGGCUGAAUGGAAUCAACACUGAGCACAAAUAAAAUUCGUCAACAUUCAACCGGAGCACCCAAAAUAUUGUCUUACAAAAAUACUGGCUUCUUGUAGUUCUCCGUAGACGUCCCGACCCUCAGCCUCCCCAUGCCUCCAUCUCCCCUCGACGACAGAAUUGUGGUGGCGCUGCCAAGGCCGAUCCGACCUCAGGAACUCCGACUGUGCCUGGACACCAGCUACCUGGACACCACCGUCACCAGCCACGGUAGCAAGACAACGGUCAUCAGCACCACGGUGGUGAAGAUCCGGGCGACCAACCUCACGUAUAUGCCCUCAUCCAACGGCUCCACGCGCUCCCUGUCGUGUGGAUGCAGCAGUGCCAGCUGCUGCUCGGUCACCACCUACGAGAAGGACAGCAGGAACAACCAGCGCCACCAGCAGAGCCACCAGAGUCACGUGAGCCAGGUGAGCGCCAGCAGCCCCAACCUCAGCUAUGCUGGACCCGCCUCUUCCUCCAACCCCAUGGGCAUGGUCCACCAUGAGGCCGUUAGCGACCCCAGUCUCACCUCAGGCCCACCCAAGGCUCUAGGGUCCACCAUCCGGGUCAUCCACCCCAAUGAGCUGGCCAAGAGAAUGGCCAGAUGCCCCAUGGGCCACCUGGUCGGGCCGGUCCCGGUCAUCAUCGAUUGCCGACCCUUCAUGGAGUACAACAAGAGCCACAUCCAGGGCGCGGUACACAUCAACUGUUCGGACAAGAUCAGCCGGCGGCGGCUGCAGCAGGGCAAGAUCACCGUGCUGGACCUCCUGUCGUGCCGCGAGUCUUCCGGCAAGGACUCCUUCAAAAGCAUCUUCUCCAAAGAGAUCGUGGUGUAUGACGAAAACACCAUGGAUCCCCAGAGGGUGACGUCCUCGCAGCCCCUCCAUGUGGUCCUGGAUUCGCUGAGGAGGGAGGGCAAGGACCCCAUCGUUCUCAAAGAGGAAGCACAGCAAGCGGGGAUGGGCCUCUUGAUCCACUGCCAGGCGGGUGUGUCUCGCUCGGCCACCAUUGUCAUCGCCUACCUGAUGAAGCACACCUGGAUGACCAUGACAGACGCCUACAAGUUCGUCAAGACCCGGCGGCCCAUCAUCUCACCCAACCUUAACUUCAUGGGCCAGCUGCUUGAGUUCGAGGAGGACUUGAACAACGGUGUCACGCCACGCAUCCUCACGCCAAAGCUCAUUGGGGUGGAGACCAUGGUUUAGGAGGACACCCGCCAUUCCUGCUUUAGGAGGACAUCCAACAGGCUACUCUUAAAGGCGGAUUCUGAGAGAGAAAUCUUUAUUUCAGAAUCUCUUAAUCAUGCUCUUUUGGGACUGUCACAGGAGUGCCAAAGUUCUUGAGAUGAGAUACGCCAAAAAUCCCAGCUGUUCCGAACUGGCCGGCUUCCCGGAGGAACAGAAGUGUUGGGGAGAGAAAACGGUCAGUGGGAAGCUGUCUGUGCAUGACAACGGAGGAGCAAAAACAUGGAAGGAAAGGAAAAUAGAUAAAACGCCAUGUUCUGUGGGGACUGAGCAAUUUAGUAGUUAGAGAAACUGAACUCUUCAGGCUCACACUGUGCUGUGGCUCAUGGUUAAUGUUGCAGGCAUGGGGCCGAGCUGGCCGAGGCGGUGCCUGUCAGAAAAGAUGAAGACUUGUUUGGUGUGUUGAUGUUCUUGUUCUAUUUUUAGACAGGAGUUUAUGGGAGUGACCAUGACAAGCCCAAAGUGGCUUACUGUGCAAUAAUUUCUGAGUGGACUGCGCCUGAGAGCUUGAUAUUAUGUGUAUAUAUGGGUAUUCAAUGACGAUUAAACAUUUCCAGCUCGCCGCUGAUUUGACAUUAAGUUUAUUUUUUAUUGUUGUUAUCAAUUCCGUAUUUUUUGGCUCAUGCAAUUGAGCUGUUACAUUUGGCACAAAUUAGAUUGACAAAAUAGUUUUAUUUUUUUUGAAGUGUCUCAGUUGUGUGUGUAUAUUUGUUUCAUUCUGUUUACUCUUCAAAAAUACUAUACAUGAAAACAUUCACGUUGUCUGUGCUUUUUGUUUUCCAACUGUGUUUUUCCAUUGCCCAUGACCAUCAACCAUACCAUUUGUUUUUAGUAAUACAUUUACUGCCAUAAAGAGCUUUGUACCACAAGUUUACUGAAAGCAGAUAUAUUGCUCCUCAAACAAAAUGGUGGUAAUCCUGUUUUAUAUAUUACUUCAGUUGUAAAGUAGAUUUGAGGACUAUUCUGUGUUUCUUUUUAAAUAAUUUACCCUCGCUUCUAACUUGUCCCUCUUUUAAUGUAGUGUCUAACCUCUCCAGAUAUAUUUUGGUAUAGUUGCCCUUAUAGUGUAUGUUACUACAUUUACCCUGACUCUGAAUGUGACCGAGUAUGAUUUACUACAUUACAAAGUAACACAGUUCUGAGAUGACCUUGAAUUGGGCCUCUGGCAUCAAACGAGACAUUGUACCAAGGGUCAUGGUUAAAAGUCAGAACUGUCUAGAAGGAAGGUACUGUAACCCCUUUCCUAAUAUUUUGAAACCUCCCAGUCCUGCCUCUAAGCUAAGCUAACGGGGAGCUCUUGUUCUGCCACUUCGUGUAACACCAAGCUCAGUACUAGUGCCUCUAUCUAUGCCUUAACUAACACCUAUCUUUUCUCCACUGGAUCUUUUUGCGGCACUGUACAGUACAGGCCAUCAUCGCAUGCAGACAGAAGCAGCCGAGCAGGCUGGGGUCGACCACACGGCCUGCGGAUGCAAACCAAACCUUCAGCAGCAGCAGUUGUCAACUCAGUGAUACAUUCAAAAGGAUAUUAAGGCAGUUUGCACACAGUUUCACUCCAAAGAGCCUGUCACAGCAUUUGUUUUAAAACCAAAUUUCACUAAUGGAAUCUGUGCUGCUUUGGUUUUUAAGGCACUUUGGGCUAUUAGGCCUUUAGAUAAUGUGUAUUUUAAAAUGACUUUGAUCUGGUGCUGAAUCUGAUAUUUGAAAGGAGAAUUGAGAUCCUGAGCAACUUAUAGUCUAGGCCUCUUCCACACAGGCUGUGCUGAAGCAGAAAAGUCUGUUAUGAUGGCUGUGUAUGUGACCCCGCGCUGAGCUUUUGAAUCUCAUCAAAGGCGAGUCACUGAAAUGUUUCCUUGCAUAAUGCAUGCUGUUUCAAACAAGGCGAUGUGCAGCCACUUAGCUGCUAAUUAUGUUGAUGCUCAGUUUUGGCCCCAACUAGCGUUAGCAUUAGCGUUAGCGCGACAACAAACAAUGGUGGACUAUACAACGAAAGACAAAACAGGGUCAUAUUCAAUAGGGCAUGCAAUGUUUAAAUAUUUUCGCAACAGAAAAUGGAAAUUAGAGUUUUCAUUGGAUAAGGGGGUCCGGCCUGCAAGGGGGUCCAAAAUUGGGCGGGAUAACUCAAUAUACUUUAAAAUGACUAAAACCAAAUGGAAAUUAGAAUGGACCUACAUUUAUACAGUUUCUUGACGGAAUCCAGCUCGCUAAUAUUCACCAAAAUGAAAGCUAGACAGUCAGGGAGUAUCGAAAAUUCGAAAAACGAUGGAUAGAUUCAAAUUUUGGAUAGAUGCAAAUUUAGAUGCAAAUUUUUACGCCGUGGAAAUAUAACAAAUUUUCAGUGCGGCACUCCGGAUCUCGUUGAAGACCGGCCCGGGGCAAUUUUUUGGGGACACCCCUGAUUUAGUGCUUGAUGAAUAUACUAGUGGCUGAAUAAAUGAGGAAAAGUAUACUUAAAUAUGCUUUGCAAGCGCAAUCAUAAUAUUUGUGUGGCAGUGUCCUUUGGGUUUGAACUGAAGUUACUUUGCAUAUAGGUUAUAUACAUACUGUUGCUAAUGCUGCACCCAAAACCUCCUGAUUAUUCAUCGUAUAGUCCUCUCAAGAAAACAUUUGAGAGUUGAGGGAGACUACAACACAAAGUAAACAAAUUGAGGUGCUCUUUAGGAGAUUGCACAGCUAAAGAGAGUACAAAGCAUUUAUCUAUCCACAAAAUAUCUAUGUGUAGGGGUAAUAAAUUAUAUUUUUUGAAUUCACCUAUUCUUCCUGUCUUCAGUUGCUAUGAUCAUUUACAGUACAUUAGUGUAUAUUGGUGCUAUACAAACACUGUACGUGACAGGUCUUCAAAAGUUUGCCACACGUUUGUAGCUUGUACAUUUACACUACAUGAAAUGAUAACCAUCUGCAAAAAAAGUACACAUCUGAACCCAUUAAGUAAAAAAUAUAAACCCCAUUUCUCUUCCUCUGGUUUCCAAACUUGUUCCCUAUCGGCACAUCUUUGCUUUUCAUUUGUAAUUACAGUCUGGUAUUUGAUUGAUAAAUGUUACUCAAAAUGUUACAUUCUUCUUCUCUGGUUGGAAAACAAAGCAUGUGUGUUGAGUGUCCCCGGUCGGUUCACGAGAGACGCUCAUAACUCUCUACUGUCUGUCCAAUGAUGCUCUCUCACUGUGGAUGUCGGGCUUUUAUGCCUCGUUCCAAAUGGCACCCAAUAUAAGCGAUUUGGGGGAUUUUAGUUUCUUGUUAAAAAAGACUGUAAAAUGACCAGGAAUUCAGCUAUAAUGGGUUUACUUUAGGACAUCUGUUCCCAAGUAUUCCCACAAAUAGAAAAAUCGUAUCGCAAUGUAAUCAAUAUAUUAAAUUAUUGUUCUUUUCAAAUGCAAUCUCUUUUGGGGUUUAGCUGUGGUCAAUUUGCAGUUUACAAAUUAUUCAAAUUAUGUUCCGUCCCCCCUCUGACAAAAAUCAGCCCGCGGCUCAAUCUAUUUGCCUACCCAUGCCCUACAUAGUGCACUUCUUUUGAUUAGACUUGUCGAAAGUAGUGCAUUAAAUAGGGAAUAGGGUGCCAUUUGGGAGGCAAAUUUUGUGUCUCUCGCCAAGGCGGUUUUGAGUGACAGCUCCCUGAAAGGGAUUCCGGUGUAUGGCUUUUAUUUGGAAAGACACCUCUGUAUUAGAACCAUAUAAAACUGUCAUAUUUGAUUUGGGACUGUUUAUGGCUAGACCUGUUUAAGAGUUUCUGCUUUGGGCUCGGAGACUCUGGGGAGAACAGGGGGGUCACUAUACAAGUGUAUGUACUUUAACAGUGAGUGUGUGUCUAUAGUUCCACAGUUAAAGCAUAUACUCUAUAUUCACAACUUUUCUAUGCAUAAAUUUAUAUCCAUUACUAUUUUUGCACUGACCUAUGGAUGGACAGCUGGAUUUUAUUUUUUCACAAAGGGUGCUAUUAUAAUGGAGGCCUUCUCCCGGACAACACCUUUUUGCAUGACCUGCUUAAUAUCCCCCCCUAUGACGGAUCUAUGACUAUGAACCUCUCCCCCUCUCUAUUCUUAAACAGUUGUGGUUUAAGCAAUGUCAUUUUGUAAUCCCUUCCCUACUUGUAAGGUUUAAAAUAAACCGAGGAUAAAAGUUUUA